GCAUCUUUAAGAACAUAAAAGAGAAGUUCUUCAAAAUGCAGCAGCAAGUUCCUGAUCAGAAAGUCAUUAAAACGCCAUAUGGAGGUCGUCUUGUUGUUACCAUGCCUCAGGGGAACAACAUUGUGGUUCACUUCAAAAACAAAGACCUCAUUCGCCAUAAGAAAAGAUGGUCUCAGGUUAUGUACCUGUACUAUCUCCUUGGCUGGAAACUCAAUACCAAAUACUACCAACUAUGGAAGAAAGGGCACAGUGAAGACCAGAUCAGACUUAACCUUCAGGUACAAAACACCUAUCUCCUGGCCUUGGAUGGGGACACAGACUUUCAGCCUGCUGCUGUUAUGCUGCUUGCUGAUCGCCUCAAAAUGUACCCUCAAGUUGGUGCAGCGUGUGGGAGAAUUCACCCCACUGGAUCAGGUCCAGCUGUUUGGUUCCAGAAGUUUGAGUAUGCUGCCAGUCACUGGCUUCAGAAGACAGCUGAGCAUGUGUUUGGAAGUGUGUUGUGCAGCCCCGGUUGCUUCAGCCUCUUUAGAGCUGAGGCGCUGAUGGAUGACAAUGUGAUGAGGAGAUAUGCCACCAAGUCCACCGAGGCAAUCCACUACGUCCAGUACGAUCAAGGUGAGGAUCGUUGGCUGUCCACUCUGAUGCUAAAGCAAGGGUGGCGAGUAGAGUACAACGCAGCUUCGGAUGCAUACACCAAUGCACCAGAGGACUUCAAAGAACUGUACAACCAGCGACGACGAUGGGGUCCAUCUACCAUGGCCAAUAUAGUGGAUGUGUUGGGAUCAGCCUCUUUGAUUUCCAAGAAGAACAGCUCUAUGUCCAAGCCUUUUAUGCUUUACCAGCUUUUUGCCGUCAUUUCAGGCAUUCUUGCACCUGCUACCAUCUGUCUCAUGAUAGCAGGGAGUUUGUCAUUCAUCUUUAACAUCCAUUCUGCUAUCUCCCUGGUCCUCGCUGUGGUUCCUCCAACUAUCUACUUGGGUCUUUGCUUUAAGCUAAAGCCAGAUACUCAGAUCAGUAUCGCAGCUGUUUUGAGCAUCAUCUAUGCAAUCAUGAUGAUGGUGGUAACAAUGUCCAUCAUUGGGUCAAUGGUGAAAGAGCAAACCAUUCUGACACCAAGCAGUAUUUUUAUCACAGUUAUGUCUGGCAUUUACAUAAUCACCGGAAUACUGCACCCUCAGGAAGUGCAUCUGUUGUUCUACGGUGUCCUCUACAUCAUUUGCAUUCCUAGCGCUUACCUUCUGCUCACCAUCUACUCCAUGGUAAACAUGAACGUUGUCUCUUGGGGAACCAGAGAAACAAAACCAGCUGUUGGGGCUGCACCCACAACCAAGCAAACACGUACACAGAAAGGAUGGAUAGAACAACUGCAGAAAAUGUCUUCUGACAUGAGACUGACGGACGAGCAUCUUGAUGAGGAAGAAGAAAACUUCUGGAAAGAACUGCUGCAGAGGUACCUUUAUCCUCUCCCAAACAACAAAGAGAGUCAAGAAAAGAUGCAUGAUGAGCUGCGUUCUCUGAGAAACAAAAUCACAUUUUGCUUUUUCUUCCUGAAUGCUUUGUGGCUGGUGUCGACCUUUGUCUUCCAAGUCUUUGAAGUCUUCAAAAUCUCAGUAAAAAUUGUGGAUCUCAGCUUAGAGGAAACCGGAGGAGUCAUCGAGAUUGAUCCUGUCGGUCUCAUGUUCAUUCUGGGAUUUGCCUUGUCAGUUUUGCUGCAGUUUGUUGGGAUGUUUUACCACAGAGUCAACACCCUCAUUCAUUACAUAGCUUUUCUGGGAACUGAAGGAGAAAAUAAAACCCUUAAUGUAAAAGAAGACGACACCUCUGAGGAUUCAUUCCACAUCCCUGCAGAAUCUGACUCCGCCUCUGAAUUUUCAUUCGCCACCUCUCAUUACACGCUCUCAGACUACGAUGGUUCAGACUCCAUCUAUGAGGCUUCAAGUGUUGGCACGUUGGUCCGGCUGGCGAGCGUGGGUUUUGGGGGUUCGGGGAUCCAGGCUGGGUGCCCAGGAUUGGGUCCGCAGGUGCGGCUGGUGAGGGUGGGCGAUGGGGGUUCGGGGGAUCUGGGCUGGGUGUCCAGGAUUGGGUCCGCAGAUGCGGCUGUGUUCUUGGCCAGGGAUGAGUCCACGGGGCUGCAGGGGCUCAUCUCUGGAGAAAAAACUUGGGAAUUUUUCAAGAUUUUUCGGCACCCGCCGUUCACCAGGGAUGAGUCAGCCCAGCUGCUUUUGGACUCAUCCCUGGUGAACGCCGAAUUUCGACGUCCACCAAACGACCAUGGGAACGAUUUCAGAAACCUGUUUUUCGGAAACAGGGUACAUCCGGGCACGGGCCGGCCGACCCCCCAGCUCCCUCCGGCCACCCCGGGAGGCCUCAGAAGUGGGCUUGUCCGGGCCGAAAGCCCCCCUCCGCCCCUCCAGCGGGUCCGCUUGUCUCUCCAGCUGCACCGACCAACCGGCACUCUCUGCCUGCCCUCGGAGAGCCCCCGCCUGGCCCGGCGUCGCGCCGUUUCCAUGGUGGCGGGCCACUCCGUCCCGCAGGAGUGGUUUCUAUACGGGGUUUUCCUGCCUGCCCCCCCUGCCCCCCUGAUGGUGGCCCCGGGUUUGCCGCCUAGGCCGCCCGUCCGCCGCGACCCUCUGGGUAGCGAGACCGAGACGCCCCGUCUGUCCCAGCCGUCCCACAAUGGCACCUGCUGCCUGCGCUCUCUCCACCUCCACCGGCCGCACCACCCGAUCCGGCGCCUCGGCACCAGGCCCGGACUCGGACAGGGAGGGGAGGACGUACGAACGAGCACGGAGCGGGGCCGCUCAAACUAUACUUGGAUAACUGUGUCACUUCUAGAGCUAAUACAUGCAAAUGUGCGCCGACCCUUGCAGGGAUGGGUGCAUUUAUCAGACCCAAAACCCAUGCGGGGCCGCUCCUCCGGCCGUGCCCUGUCCGCUUUGGUGACUCUAGAUAACCUGGAGCCGAUCGCUGGUCUUCCGUGGCAGCGACGUCUCUUUCGAAUGUCUGCCCUAUCAACUUUCGAUGGCACUUUCUGUGCCUACCAUGGUGACAACGGGAAACGGGGAAUCAGGAUUCGAUUCCGGAGAGGGAGCCUGAGAAACUGCUACCACAUCCAAGGAAGGCAGCAGCAGCGCAAAUUACCCACUCCAAUACAGGACUCUUUCAAGGCCCUGUAA